UUGUCGUGGAAGCACAGACUUGUAACAAGAUAGUAUAGCGCAAUGAGAAUCGCUGUUUUGCUGUUGCUGGUCGUCAGCCCGGCUUUCUGCGCCGUCCCCUGGGUGAGACAAGUCACUCUUCCUCCAGAUGUUGAAGACCUAUGGGAAGGAGAUAUUCGAUUAACUCCUGUAGAACAACAAGCGUUUGAAGAAAACGCCUCGGAAGAGAAACGAAAUGCUAUGCGCGACCGGGCAUACCUGUGGGGAAGCCGGGUGAUUCCUUACGUGAUUGACUCUGGUUUAGAGAGUUUAGCAGUGGAUGCGAUCAAUGCUGCCAUACAAGAGUUCGGCACAUACACUUGUAUCACGUGGCGGCCACGUGUGGGCGAUGAGUACUACGUGAAAUUCAUCAAGUCGUCUGGGUGCUGGUCAUACGUUGGUAAAAUCAACGCGGUAGAAGGAUACCAGGAUCUCAGUAUAGGCCUUGGGUGUGAAUCGAAGGGCGUGGUCAUGCAUGAGAUGAUGCAUGCGUUGGGGUUCUGGCACGAGCAGUCGCGGACCGAUAGGGACCAGUACGUGGAGAUCAUGUGGGAGAACAUCUUGCCUGACAAAGACAACAACUUCCAGAAGUACACACAUGAUCAAAUAGAUUCCCUCGGUUUUCCUUACGACUACAACUCUAUCAUGCAUUACCAAAAUAUGGCCUUUAGCAGUAAUGGAAAGAACACUAUUCAGAAGCCUAACGCACCUAGCGAACCACUUGGGCAGCGCCUUAACUUCAGCGAUACGGACGUUCUAGAACUUAAAAAACUCUACAGCUGCUCUGUUUCGGGUGGUUGGAGCGAGUAUAGUUCAUACAGCCCAUGUGACGCUGCUUGCAAAAAGUACCGAGUGCGAUUUUGCAUCAACGCCGACCCCGCAGCGUGCGACAGCAACUAUCCAUCGGGCGUACAGAAAGAGACGAUUUCCUGUACCGUUGAAGAGUGCAAUGCGCCGGUCGAUGGUCACUGGGGCCGCUGGUCAGUAUGGAGCGCCUGUAGUCAAACAUGUGGAGAUGGAACUCAAACUAGAACGAGGGUGUGCGAUGACCCUGCUCCAAAGAACGGUGGAAGCGCAUGCGUCGGGGAUAGCUCACAGGCUCAGGUCUGCAAAAUAGCAACGUGUGGGUUAGGUCCAGAUGACUGUGAGUUUGACAUCGACGGAUGUGCCAUUUGGCAGGCAGACUACUCAUCAAGUGUUUCCCCUAACAGUGCUUACUAUAAGGAUUGGAUCAUCCAGAGCGGGCCCACGCCCAGUGGUUACACAGGGCCAGCAGGGACUCGCACAGGAGCGGGUAAAUAUGUGUAUGCGGAAGCCUCCUCUUGUCCUGAAGGAAACACCAUAAGAUAUCAAAGCAAACAAUUCCCAGCUACUGCCGGGCGCUGCAUGAGUUUCUACUAUUACGCGUACGGGCUGACAUACGGUAGCUGGAAUAUCUACGUUCGAGACAGCGCUGGCACGAUGACAAAGAUAUACGAAAAAGUUGGUAGUCAGGGAGAACAGUGGAUUAAAGACAGCGUUUCUAUCUCAAGCUCUACAAACUACCAGGUCGUAUUUGAGCUUGUCUGUGGAAGCAACUAUGCCAGCGACUUGUGCAUAGAUGACGUCAUGUUUAAAGAUGGAGCUUGUUCGUGAAAAUGACCACUAAAUGAUCAACCAAAAUCAGAAAUGGACCAUGGACUCGAUUGGAGUGGGGAAAUCAACAAUGAUCAUUCAAUAAUUUGUGGCAACAAUGGAACAUGAAGAUAUUUAAAAUAACCUUGUAAAUUAUGAUAACAUUGAAAGACAUUUUAAGACAGCGAAUAAAUGAUGAACUACUGCAAA